AUGUCUAUAACAACAGCGGAAGCAGCUGCUGCAGCAGUUGCUGCAGAACACAAAAAGACAAAGGAAGAUUGGAGAAAGGCAAAGGAGUUGGAAGAGGCGAGAAAGGCUGGUACAGCACCAGCAGAGAAGGAUGAGGAUGGCAAUGAUAUCAAUCCUCACAUCCCACAGUACAUCAUGAAGGCACCAUGGUACAUCGACACGAACAAACCAGGUCUAAAGCAUCAAAAGGCGCCUCUAAAGGAUAUGGGCUACAACAACUCUUGGUAUCAACGAGGUGUCAGUGCUGGUCCUGCUGCAGUCAAGUAUCGUAAAGGUGCAUGCACCAACUGCGGUUCAAUGACACAUGCUGCCAAAGACUGUUGUGAACGACCUCGAAAGGUUGGCGCAAAGUACACAAACGACGACAUCAAGCCAGACGAGGUUGUACAAGUAUUAAACUUUGCCUACGACGCAAAGAGAGAUCCAUACAAUGGUUACGAUCCAAAUUCAUAUCAAGAAGUUAUGAGCAUCUACGAAAAGGCAGAAGCAGCAAGAAGAAAGAAGAGAUUACAAGAGAUCAUGAAAGAAAACAACAUCAAAGAGGGAGAUAUAAAGAAUGAAGAAGAACUGUUAAAGGAAGUGGAGGACAAGGCAUUCGAUACAGAGGGAGCAGACUUGAUUCAAAAGAUUGAUCCAAAGUCAAGGACGACAGUGAGGAAUCUUAGAAUCCGUGAGGACACUGCAAAGUACUUGUACAAUCUGGACAUGGACUCUGCGCAUUAUGAACCAAAGAGUAGAUCAAUGAGAGAGAACCCUUUGCCUCAUGCAAACAUUGCCGAUAUACCAUUCGCAGGCGACAACUUUACAAGGACCACUGGAGACACUAGGGAAUUCAUGAAGAUGCAGAUGUUCUCAUGGGACGCUGUCGACAAGGGACAGGACGUGGACUUGUCGGCGGCGCCGUCGCAGGCAUCAAUCCUGCACGAGGAGUUCCUAAAGAAGAAGGAGUUGCUCAAGAACAAGGCCAAGGAGAUCAUACUCAACAAGUAUGGUGGCGAGGAGUCACUCAAGAAGCCCGAGGAGCUCAGCAACGACGUCGUGCCACAGAGCGAGAUCUAUCAAGAGUACUCUGCGGCGGGCAAGUUGAUCAAGGGCGUCGAGAAGAUGAUCAAGAGCAAGUACGACGAGGAUGUAUAUAUCAACAAUCACAAGGCAGUCUGGGGCUCUUACUGGGAGAAUGGCGUCUGGGGAUUCCAAUGCUGUAAGCAGACCAUCAAGAUAUCAUAUUGUACAGGAGAGGCUGGAAGGAAGUUGAAGGAGAAGAAGCAGCAGCAACAACUGAGUAGCAGUGGUAGUGGAUCAGAUAUACAACAACAUGGCAAUGGUACUGCUACUCAUCAACAUAAUGAUGAUCGUCACAUGGCAACAACAACAUCAGCGGAAACAGAAUCAAACAACAACAACAACAACAACAAGAUGACGACGGAUAAAGAUAGGAAACAGAUAGAAAAGGAAAAGAAAAGACAGGAAAAGAGAGAGGAGAAGGAGAAGAAAGAGAAAUUGAAACGUGCCAUUAAGGAACAGGAACAAUUGAACAAGACAGACGUGGAGAAGGAUGAACGUAAGCGAGCCUACAACUCAUUGGCCAAUGAAGGUCAUCAAGUGACCGAAGAAGAGAUGGAGGCCUAUAAUCUCAAGCGAAUAAGGUCUGAUGAUCCAAUGGCCAACUACAAAGAGGAUGAUCUAUAG